GCUCCCUGUGCAGGGCAUGGAAAGGAGAGCCCGUGCUGGAUGUCACCCCCUCGUCCCUGCAUGGAGCCAGCCCAGGGCUGUCCUGACACGGGGCUCCUCUGUCCCCAUCCUUUCCUUGCUCCAAAACGCUCCCGCAUGCCCUGCUCACCAUCCCUACCGUCCCAUGUCGGGCGCUGCCAGUUGAUUGGAAAGUUGGGAUGCAAGGGCUGGGCUGGGGAAACUGAGACUGUGGAGGAGCUGCUGGAGCCAGGGCCUCUGGGCUGCAGGGCAGCCACUGCCUGCUCCCAUGCACAGCCAUGCCCCCAGAGCUCCCAGAGCUGCCUUUCUUCCUGGUUCGUUUUUCCUUCCCACUUUCACCCCUCUUUCCCAUCUGCUCCCACUCCUGGGGUUGCCUCCAGCAGAGUUUGCUGCAGGAGCAGAGAUGCCCAUGUCCUGCUGCUGGAGGCAGCUGCUCCAUGGCUCCCUAUGGAUUUGGGUCCUGCUGAUGGCCAGAUCCUCCUUCCCUCCGCUCCCUGUAGCAAGCCCUGGCAGAGCUGAAGGACACAAUUCAGGCAGCAACCCCUCCAGACCUGCCAGGUUUAUAUCUGCCACAGCACCCAGUGGGAUGGGCAGGUUCCAGCUCAGAGGUGUCCCAGCACAGCUGCAGUGCUCAGGGUGACAGGGACAGCACAGUGGCACCUCAGACAUCCCUGGCUGGAGGGAGCACAGCCCGCUCUGGUCCUCACCCGACAGGCCCAGGGUGUCUGAGACUGCUGGAAGUCACCCAGGACAGGCACAGAGACCACCCCUGCCAGUCCUGCCUCUGUUCCCCACUGAGCCUCUCCAUGGAUCUCCCUCCACCUUGUUUUCUCUAAAAUCACUUCCCCAGCCAUCAGACAGGUCCCCUGCCUCAGCUUCCCCAUGGCAAUGCUUCCUGCUGGGUGUGUUUAAGAAACAGCACUGUGUGAUGUGGUCUGGGUAUCCUGGGACAACCCUUUUUUGCUCUAUUUUGACUUUUUUUUGGUCAGUUGUUCUCCUAUUGCACAAAGGUGUACUUGAAUGGGCUCUUUGAAACCUCUUCCCUCGUAAAACCUGCUAAUUAAGAAAAUGAGCUGCAUCAGGAUUUCUCCAGCCCUUCUGCUCUCCCAGAGUGGUUUGUCCUGGAAAUGGGUCUCCUUUGGGUGCUGCUCUGCUCUUAGGGGUGGUUCAUGACUUGCCUGGCUCCCCGUGGUGGGAGCAGGUGAGCUGGGGGAUGCUCCAGUCUUUGCCUCUGCAGAUCAGAGCUGCUUAUGUCAAGCCGUCUGGCUUUUAUCCGGAGCAGCCAGAGCGUGAGCCCCUAAUACCCACUCACCCUCCUCCUGUGCCAGCUGGGGCCCUUCAGCCCCCCUCAAAGGAAAGCUUUGCAACCUCAUUGUAACCCCAACACCCCCAGCUUGUUAAAACACAAGGAAUUGGAUUUUAAUGACCUUUCUGGGUCCCGUCCAAAUCAGGAUAUCCUAUGUUUCUAUGAAUAAGGGACAAAAAGCACUUGUUGUGGGUAAAUGUCUGUUUGUGGUCGUUAUUGAAGGGCUGGUGUGUGUUUGGCCAUGUAGCUGUCCCUAGGUACACAUGGCCUGUGCUGGGGGAACUGCCUGCAUUCUCUGCUCCCCUUCCCUCGGUGGUGGCUGUUUGCUGCCAGCCUGGGCCAUGGGAUGCAGCUGCCCUGGGCCUCCUCCUGGUCCCUGUCCCGGCAGGGUGGCAGUGACAAGCAGGAGGUUCUCACCACGUGUUGGGGAUCAGCUGCAGGUCCUGUGUCUGCUCGGCUGGCGGGUGUCAAAACAAGCGUCGCUCGUGAGGGGUUUGUGUGGGCAAACAUCUCGUCGGGCGCCUGCUGGAUCCCAGCGCCAGCUGGCGUUCCUGGGCUGGUGGAUUUUCUUCUUGGCAAUGGGGAAGGAAGGCAGGAACGGGGAGUUUUUGGAGAGAAGGGCCCACAGCCCGAGUAGAAAAAGGGUAGAAAAGGCACUUUUGGGUGCCCCGGAGUGGGAUGGACGGGCACCACGGCCAUCUCUCACCCCCCUUCCCUCUGCAGCCGCCGCUGCCGCCUCUGCUCACUUCAGCUUCUGCCGCAGCCUCCUGGAGCACACGGUGUCGGCCGAGAACCUGAGCUACCGCCUGCAGCGCGCCGCGGGCAGCAGCCUCACCUGGCACGACGGCCGCAGCCAGCGCCCCGACGGCCCCGGGCGCACCGUCAAACUCCUGCGGCAGCCGGGCACCGAGGGCUCGCAGGUCCGUGGCUGUGACCACUAUGGCAUCUACCACACCAGCCCCACGCUGGGCAGCCUGGUCAAGCCAGUGGUGCUGUGGACCCAGCAGGAUGUGUGCAAAUGGCUGAAGAAGCACUGUCCACACAAUUAUCUCAUCUACGUCGAGGCGUUCUCCCACCACGCCAUCACAGGCCGGGCGCUGCUGCGGCUGAACGGGGAGAAGCUGCAGCGCAUGGGGAUCGCGCUGGAGGCGCAGCGCCAGGAGCUCCUGCAGCAGGUCCUGCAGCUCCAGGUGCGCGAGGAGGUGCGGAACCUGCAGCUGCUCAGCCAAGCUUCUUUUGGAAAUGUCUCCUAGCUGAUCCGUCUGUUUGGCAGAUUGCACCAACACUGUGAACCGAGCUCCGCUGGGAUGGGCUGUGCAUCGCCGAUACGAGACCUGAGCCACACGCUUGGAAUAAGAAGAGACAGCUUCCCAGACACUCCAGGGCUCCUCUCCUGCUUCUUCCUUCUCUUUCUUUUAAAGGAACACAUUCCUGUGCAGGGGUGGAAGGUUUCUUCCAGCAGACAUGGCUCUUGGCUGGAGGAAAAUCAGCAAACCAGCUGCUGGGACAGAUGAUGAACUUCCAUCCACCUGAGCCUGACGGUUCACAGGGAAAGAGAUGGAAAAAAGGAGAUGGCAAAAGGCAGGGCUCAGCACUGUGGAGAAAGGGAAUGCAGUGAUUCCGGGGACAGCUCGGAGCCAUGUGCAGGACACUGAAGCAUUAUGCACUUGGGCAACAUCCCAGCACCCAGCAAAUCGUGUCCAUGCCUUGGAGCUUAUUUAGGGAGCUUUGGUUUCCUCAUCACACUGGGCUGCCUUCCAGCGGCCGGGGAGGUGACGUUAUCGGUAGCAAAUAAGAUGAUACAACCAGCCAAAAAAUUCACAGCGGGGCCAAGACCCCAGCACCCAGCUCCACUUGGUGAGUUAAAAAGGGAGCUGAGUCAUCAGAGCUGGAAAAUCUGCAAGUGAAAGCAGGCUGGAUGCACCAGGAGGGUGCCACGGCUGGGAGGAAGCUGUGCCAAGAGCUCAUCCUUCAUCAGCAGGCAGAGGGAGAGCCCAUGCAGGGCUGGGGGCAGCAGGCUGGGGUGCUGCUGGGUGGUUGUGGGGCUGGGGGAACACUGGGUGCCCCAGCUCCCAUCCUGGUCCUGCUCUGCUCCAUGGUCCCACCAGCUCUCAGAGCUGUGCUUAUCCAGGCAUUGGCAGGUUCCUGUCCUGACCUCCUGCCAAGGGCUGGUGAUGGUGCCACCAAAGCCAGGCACCUUCCUGAUGACCUUCACCAUCAUUACAGUCAAAGUGUUUGCUGUCAGGUCCCCAUCUCCCAAACUCUCCCAUACAGAGCUACAGAUUGCCCUUGUGGGUAGAUAUGGAAAAUCCAUGUGUAAAUCAGGAUUUUGGGCCAGGGUGGAUGUUGUCACCUCCCCACAUUCCACCUCAAGUGAUGAGGGUAGGGCUGUGGGUCAUGGGGGUCCAAAAACAGCAGCCCCAAACCCCCUGGGGCACUGGGAUGUGGAGGCAGGUCACGGUGCUCCCUGGCUGGGCAUCCUCCUGCCUGCUUCUCUGCUGGUAAUAAAUUAGAGAC